UCCGCCGAUCUAUUGGACCCCUCUAAUUUGUUUGCCAACCAUAUCCAUCCAGUUGUGUGGUCAAUCAGUAAUAGUUGGGUUUUGUUCCUUGCUGUUCAGGCCUGCUUGAAAUGAUGAUGAAAAACAAGCGCAGGAUGGGAGUCCAUGAGAAACAACGUCCUUGCAAGAAAGUGAUUAGGCCAACUUUAGAUGGUACCUCCUCAGCGAGAUCGGACAGCUCGAGGGAACCCAGUCCAGGCGCGUUGAGUCAACUCAGUGAGCAAAUAGUUUCAAGAUUGUGUAGGAGUGUUGUGUCGCUCGCCUCAUUCCAUGGUGAUACCAAGUUAGGGGAAUGCACAGGCAUAUGCAUCGAAACCUCAUGUCCUGAUGCUACAAGUUUCCUCACAUCGAGACUUUUGAUUCCACUUACUUGGCCUACAAGGAAGAUCACUGAAAAUUUGACGAUUGAAGUGCACCUUCCGAAUGGUCGGACUGUCACUGGCUGGAUAGAGCAUCCUGGGAGAUAUGUUGAUUUUUUCAUCGUCAAUGUCAAGGACUUGUCUGUAUUUGAUGCCGCGCCUGUAAGUCUUGAUUGUGACAUGCAGUUUGAACCUUAUAGGAAGGUAGCAGCUGUAUGGCGCAAUUUCAGUUCAGGAGUUUUAAGGGCCAGAAGCGGAGUAGAUCUUGCCUCUCUAAGCGCUCUAACUUGUGAGACAAUGUUGAGCACAUGCCAGAUUAACAAGGCUGGGAUUGGAGGCCCCCUUGUUGAUUUUGAUGGUAAUUUUUUUGGGAUGAACUGCUCUCGUACCAGAAUGAAAAAGACCCCCUACGUGCGAAGGGAGCACAUUCUUCAAUUCUUGGGGUCUCACAGGAUGGUCAGUGCUAGAGCUAAGGAAGAGAUUGAUGAUGCUGAAGAACCGGGAAUCGAAAGUGAGAUGAAACAACUACUUUGCAGCAUUCCAGGAGGCAAGCGUAAGAUUCAUUUUCUUGAAGCAAAUUUCGUCGACGAUAUCUGGAGUAAACUACCCAAAGGCGUUGCUUCAAAAAUGUCUCGAAGUGUUGUCUCACUUGCUUCAUUCAAUGGAGUUGCAAAAUUCUUUGCUUGCACUGGUGUAUUUAUAAAGUGCAAUGCAUGCUCUGCAACAAUUCUGACUUCAGCAAGUUUGGUUAGAGUUUCUGGUGAUGCAAACAGGAUUGAUGAUAACCUGAGGAUUGAAGUUUGCCUUCCAAACCAAUUUCGAGUCGUAGGGAUACUGAACCGUUAUAAUUUACAUUACAACGUUGCUCUUGUUGACAUCAUGGGGUACUGGGGUCCUCGUGAAAUAAAAAUUAGCAGGCAUCUAGUUACCUCAUGUAAAAGGGUAAUAGCUGUGGGGCGUCUUUUUACUUAUCACAGUAUAAUGGCUGCAAAGGGCAAGUUGUUGAUUGGCAAACGAAGCAAGCUCGAUUGCAAAGAACUAUGCGUCUCCACGUGUAAAAUCACCAAGGCUGGGAUUGGGGGCCCACUUAUUGACACUGGUGGGAAUUUUCUUGGUAUGAACUUUUACCAUGAGGAAGAAAUUCCGUUCCUGCCGAGGGAUGUUAUUCACUGCCUCUUGUUGAACUUAAAUAAAGGAUGGACUAGGACUAGGGCAGGUGAUACUAUUGUUGAGGGUGACGAAAAGAGAUGGCUGUUGGCUGGUACAUGUUGGUCCCAUGGAAAUGCUGAUACUAUUGCCGAGGGUGGUGUCAACAAGUAUUCUUUCUUACAUUUGUUUAUACCAUCUAGUAUACAUCGGUUAUUCUUCUUAAAAUCUUUUCACUUGUUUGUAUACUUUCUUUUUACUCAUGACAGGUGGCCGUUACCCGAGCCAUGUGUGCUCCCUGCUGAUAUACCUGAACCUACUACAUUGGAUUUCUACAAGCUGAAUACAUGUUUGCUUGUUGAAAUUAAAUGGAUGGAGAAGGAGAUCUGGGAUGCAUAUCACACUAGGAUGUUGCUAGGAUUGUCUGGUCCUAAUGUCCGUGCAGUUUUGGAUGUGUUCUGGCAAUCUUUGACUGUUGUUUUUGAGUUUGAUAUCUUAAACAGUACCAUGGAUCCCGAUCCCGCCACGGACACCACUCUUGUUUUUGAAAAAGGUGUACUGGAAACAGUUUUCACUGGAGCUGCACCCUAUGUUUUUUAUAAUCAGAAGAAAGCUGCAAUUGUUCAGAAGGUGGGGCAACUUCCUGGGUGCAGUAUUACUAUCCUGUUUACAGACCGCAUGAACAACCUGCUGCCUCAUGUUGAAUUUGCUGAUUUAGAUCCUGAUGACAAUGUGUGUGAGAAGGUGGUGUCUCUUUUCCCCUAUAUGGAUGGAAUUAGUAUGUUCAACGGACAUGUUGUGCAGGGAACUAUUCAGCCAGGAUCCGCAGACUUGUUCACGUUUACUUGCACAAACGCAGUCCUAUUUGACAUAGCAAGAAACGAUGAUGAAGCAAAAUUGGAAGCAGAACAUCUUCAAAAGAUUGCUGGCGCUGCUGUGUUCAACUUAAAGGGCGAGGUUGUUGGCAUACUAAGUUCGUAUGCUAGAGGUUAUGAUGUGAAACUGGCCAAGAAGUCAUCUUACUUUAAAGAGCACUUUGAUAAACUGGGAGGCAAACAAGUGAAGUGGCUGAAGGGGCAGGGGAAGCGCUCUAAUUCAGAGAUCCUGAGGGAGCCUAAUAUCUGA